AAUCAUGUGAUCCCAUUCAGCGAUAAACAAAUUACUUUUCGAAAUGUGCCAAUCACUUUGACAAGUAGCGACUGCAGAUUAGACAACUUAUAAGUGUAAUAUCCGAGUUAUUAAUUUUCAGUUUUCUGUUUUAACUCAACUGAGUAGUACAGGAUGAAGAUCAGUUUUGUUCUUACAUUGAUGCUGUGUUCAGUGGUGGGGACCCUGGCGUCCGAGUGCUCUCUCCCCCCGUCGCUAUGGUGUAGUUCCAACGACGUUGCGGAUGCUUGCAAGGUGACUGAACACUGCAGGAGAACAGUGUGGAAAACAGUGCGAGGCCCCGCCCCUCCCGUCAACUUCACGCUGUACUACGAAUCCCUGUGUCCAGACUGCCGAAACUUCAUCACGACACAGUUAUUCCCAGCCUUCACUGCGGUUGGCAGCAUUUUCAAUCUCACGCUGGUCCCGUAUGGAAAUGCAGAGGAAAAGAAAGUUGGUGACAAGUGGGUGUUUCAGUGUCAACAUGGAGAAGAGGAGUGUGCCGAAAACCUCCUGGAUACCUGCCUACUUAACAUAGUGAAUGAUAUCAACAUUGCCUUCCCAUUCAUUAACUGCAUGGAAGAAGGUCCAGAGAGGUCAAGGGCAGCAUUCCGUGAGUGUGGCAAGAAGUUCCCCUCCAUCCCGACCAGUAAGAUCGAGGCUUGUGCCAACAGUUCCCAAGGCAACCAGUGGGAGCAUGAGAUGGCGACGAAGACAGAUGCCCUCAACCCCCAGCAUCAGUACGUGCCCUGGGUCACUCUAAACGGGGUUCACAAUGAGAAGAUUCAGAAUGAAGCCACAACUAAUCUGAUCAAGCUGCUCUGUGACACGUACACAGGCACCAAGCCAUCAGGAUGCCAACAGAGGCAGGCGACUUACUGUGCCAGGAAAUAAAAUAGUCCGAAACAACUCAGAAUCAAAGUGACACUCUGCAAAAACAUCAAUAUUCAUGGCAGAAAUAACCUUCCUGACCUUUCUUAAAGCUCCCCUUUUUUCUAUUGAUAUAUUUCACAUACAUGUAUGUUGCCUCUGGUUGUGUUGAUGUCAUCUUAUGUCAACUCUCAGAAAUCAAUUUCAGAAAAAAACAUGAUUUUUUUCCAAAUAUACUUUGGCCAUCAAACCAUAUGGUUUUGGUAAAAAACAGAUUAUGGAGAUAACUGAAAAAGGGAUUUUGUUGCCAUUUCCUAACAGAUAAUUUUGUUUUUAUUUGUAGUUUCUGUAACUAUGUAGCAAUCUUUAUGUAGCAGAACUGUAUGUGUUAACAUUGCCAUCUAACCUCUGGUCUGUGAUAUCAAGAAACAACCUAAUGCUGCUAAAUAGUUUGCGAUAUUAUUUAUGCUUUCAUUACAAAUUUAUAUAAAUCUAUAUAACUUGUUUAAUUUCUUAUUGCUAUGAACAUUAGUUCUUUUAGCAAAUAUUUUUGUAACCGAGAGUAUGCUGCUUUAUGAAGAGGGAUUCCUUUAUCAGAGUAGUGAUUAUUUGUAUUUUCACACAAAGUCAUAAUACUCAUGUUAGUCUUUUUGCAUCAUAAAAUGGCACUUUAGAAAACAACUUGUAUUUGUAAAUGGCGUGAUACUCAAGUAUAUAACCAAAUUAAAAGACACAACUCAGAAUUAUCCCAACCUGCAGCUGACAGGAUGUCUGUCCAUCUGUAUCACAGGAAUGUUUGAAUCCUGAUGAGUAAAAAUAUAUUUCGACAUCAGAAAAUGUUAAUACCAUUUAAUAUAUAUGUUCCAAAUUUCUUUGUUUUAUUUGCUGGCAAAACAUUUAUACUAUUGUUCACAGAGUGAUUGAUAUUGAAACACAGAAAUCAAAAGCCAUGAUGUUUGGACAUUCUGUUCCUGUUGUUGUGUAAGUUGUUUGCUAUCCUUUCAUCUCCAUCCUCCUCUUUAACAUGUCGUAUCACCUGGUACAUUCAACCAUCUGGAAGAACAUACAGUCUUGUACCAAAUGCCUCUAAAUGGCUUAUGUAGAUAUACUGAGGGAAAAAAAUAAGGGAUCACAUGAAAGACAAGUGUUCCUAUAUUGUUUCCUAAGGUUUCUUCACAAGCUUUGCAUCGGAUAACUUGUGAAAAAACCUGGAAAUAAAUAAAGGAACACUUGUGCUUUCAUGUGAUCCCUUAUUUUUUUCCCUCAGUAUAUUUCCAUGAGAUGCAUAAAUUAGGGAUGUAUAAAACUACAAACCGGGGGUCUUAUGUUUUUUCCAGGAGUAAUGUUCAGACCUUGACAAAUGACAGGAAAUAGCUCAAUAACACCAGGCUUGAGGAUGAGGUGUGAUGAAGAUGACUUCAUCUCUUUCACUAGAAAGACUGGUGCCAAGAUGUACAUAUCAUUCCUAUUAUUUCAGGGAGAUGAGAUGUAAUACAUACAAAUUUACAUUGUAUUUUUACAAUCAUAAUAAACUUAAAUGGAGAAAUA